GUCUGGCAGCCAGUCCUGCAUGUAGGCAGCAAUCUAGCGAGCAAUUUACCCUGGACCUUAUGGUUUACUGUCAGUUUAGAGUUUUAGGAGUGUCAAUUAGCAAACAUCAAUUUUUAAUCUGCCCUUUAUGCUCAACCUGCGCACAUCGCACAUAACCUAUUAUUACUAUGGCACCAUGAGGAAACAUCCUCCAGGACCUGACCCACUCAUGCACGGUGGACUGUCCUGCCAGGAGUGCGUGUGUGCGUGUGUGUGUGUGUCUCCUCCAAUAUAUCAAUAAGAAAUGCAGGUGCACUGUUAACUCUGCAUGUGGCGUCGCUGAUCUGUGUUGAGGGGAACCCGUUUGGAUGUAUUUUAAGGUCCCUUAGGGGACUGCAGGGACUUGUGGGAAGAUGACCUGAUUUCCAAUUUUCUCCUCCUGCCUGGGCUGUCGGCGAGUCGCUGCUACAAACGAAGAAGCCCAUGAAAGGACUCAGAGAGUGUGAGCUGCCCCGGAUCUGUUCGGAUUAUGGCCUCGUUAUUGACAUAAACGGGAUUUUAUUCGAUUUUUAUUGAAUGGACGCAGGCGCGACUGCAAUUCUCUUUCAGUAGAUUCAGGUGAGCAGCCAUGGCUAACCUGCAGCAGGAAUACCCUGGGGUCCUCCUGGGGAUCCUGGAGGAGCUGGCCAAUAUGCGGCAAUUGCUGACAUUUCAGGACCUUUGUCGCAUGGUCAGCACCCGCUAUGACCUGGAGCACCUCAUCGAGCUCAGGAGUUUGCUGUUUGCGGCUGCCAGCCGGGAUCCCUGUUUCCCAGCCACUCUCUUCAGAGACAGGGUUUCCGCCAGAGGCCAGGGGCUAUCACCCAUAGGCGUCGCUGCUGACAUUGUUACAAUAUUCAAUCUUAUUCAGAUGACGGGUGGAGCCACUGAUGACAGCCAACCAAUGAGAGCCCAGACGGUCCUCCCUGUCGACCAGUCCCCUGUCCCCAGUCUGCCUGGAAUCCACCAGCUGAACAUUUAUGGUCGAGAAAGAGCACGUGCCCACUCUGACUCCAGUGGCAGGCCUAUCGAUCAGCACUUGCUGUUUCCAAGACCUAAUUACUCUGCCCGCAAGCGAGCAAGUCUUCCCCCAGAUCCACUCUCACUUGUGUCCUCCCCUCCUGCCAGGGCGAGGGCUGUGUCUUUCGACUUGCCUCACACAACACUUUUGUACCCCAGUGGUCAAAUCCCCAACGAAGUCAUGAAGAAUCUCUACCUGCCUUUGGAGACGGACAGCGAGUCUAGUGGAGAUUCUGCACCCAUAGAAGUGUUUGAACCGGAGCAAGCGGGAUCAUCUGUGGACCAGAAGAGAAACGUGUUUAAGAAAGACUUCCAUAACCAACCGCCUCUGAUACCCCAGGUGACUGUUAGCAGUGACUCUCCCAGUCCCAACAUGGGGCAGAAAGGCUUCGACAAUCACAGCUUUGAAAUGAUUCCAAAUCCUUACCCGUCACCAACAACAGUCCACCAAUCGCCAGAGCAGCGGGCUAAACAUGAGAGCAUUGACGACCUGCAGGACUCUACUUACUUUGGACCGGGGUCAAUCCCAGAUUGGUCCCCUCGGCACCUUCAACCUCCCAGGACCAAGAGACCCAUCUGGAGCAACAAGAGUCACAGUCUAGAGGACCGGAUAGCCCCGGGAAGCAUCGGAUCAGGGAUGGAAUCGCAAGGGGGGCAACUGCCAAGAAGAUCAACCCCUGCUAUCAGCAAUUUAGGGGAGUCUUCAGGAUGUGAGAGUGGUGAUAGUGGAUUGCCAAGUCUAUGCGAUAUAUUCAAGGCUAAGGGAACCCAGACGGAUCCACCGGACCCCCGGCGCCUUCGUAGCCUAGUCCACGCUGAUCGCCUCUCCUUCAUGACCUCAUUAGACGACCCUGAGUUUGGUGAGGAUGACAUCAGUGCCAUCUUUCGUUUCUUAGAUGACAUAAGCAUGUGCGGUUCCACAGGAGUCCUGCACCCCGGUGAUGGGUCAGCAGCCAUUAACCAGGACACCCAUGAGGCCAGACGUGGCCGCCUAGGCCAACUCCAAAGGCUCUUCCACUCUCUGGAAAGCAGUGAUGAUGGGCUCAAGGCUAGUGUCUGUAAGCUGCUGCUCCGUAUGAGCCAGAUAGAGAGACAGCUGGAGUCACUGAAUGAUGUAAAGGCUGAGAUUUCUCAGGUACUGUCUGCUCUGCAGCGACUGGAUGAAAAGAUCCAGCAGCCUAUCAGUGCUGGUGGUGGACAAGACUCUGGCGGGCGAUGGCUGGAGCCUCUCAGCGGUGUCUCGUCCUUUAUGAGCCACCCUCUAACCCCAUCUGAGUCAUCAGAGCCUCAGCCUCUGUCUGCGUCUGGGCAUCUGUUUCCAGGGACCAGCACUACUAGUCUGGACUGGAGCCGUUGGAACACUCCUGGGGAGCAAUCAGAGAGCAGCAAAACUCAGUCUGAUUCAAAGGGGAAAAAAGAGGGGAAGAAGGAUGCAUCAUCUCGUCGUACCUCCAAAACCCAGCCGGAGGAGAAAAUCGCCUCUGAAACCAAACAGCCAAACGUCACUAGCUCUGCAAGAGACUGGACAGUGUCAUUCUCGAAAACUAAAGAUGGCAAAGCUUCACAUGGACAGGCAGAUCCGUCAGGUAGCACAGCUAACCUGCUCUCCCAAAAGUCCACAAACCUGGUCGAACAAGUGUUUAACUCGUCCCUGUUCCGCCACAAAGACAGCAGCCUGACAGGUGGGCUAACAUCUGGGAAGAUCAUGGACCCCAGACUGGCUGAGGGGAGGGGAAGGCCCAUAUGGACUGUGGACGACAGAGAGGCACGAGUCACUCCUUUUGAUUUACAGGGCCAGGAGUCCCUGAACCCCAAUAACAUGGAGUUCUGGAUGGACGACAUCUACACUCCAGGCUACGAUGGUCUACUCAGGCGUAAAGAGGCUGACCUCCGCAGGGCCAAGAUCUGCAAGCUGGUUGCACUCAUUGGCACUGCGGUGACUAUCAUUCUCAUCAUCGUCAUUCCUGUUUGCCUUGUGCGCCCACAAGGCCCCUGACAGAGGACCCGCUUUAUUAUUUAUUAUCAGCAACUGUGUGCUGUGUCCAAGAACUUGCACGCCAUCCGGAGCUCAGUAUAAGACAGACUUUGACGUUAAGCGCCAUACAGCUGGAUCAGUGGUCAUUUAAUGUUCAGUACCUCGCUACACCUCUCUGCAUGCAGCGUCAUUUUUAUGACUUCAAGAAACAGAAGGAUUCCACUGCUUUCUUUGAAAUCCCUCUCCCAUGCAGUUACCAAUGCCAAGUUUGAUUCCCCCAUAUAUCAUAUAUUUAUGGUUUUUGUUCUUAAUACUUUCAGUUGGCUGCAAAGAAAGUCAUUAAGUAAAAAGGUUUUAAAUAAUUCUGAAAUAACUAUGAGGAGAUAUGUUGAAACUAGUAAUACUGAGCCAUUGCAAAAGUGUCAAUUUCCUUUUAAUUUCACAUUUUCUGAGAAGCAACACUGUCACAAAGACAUCGUGAAUCAGCUUCAGCCUCAAGCACUGCCUGACUCUUUCUUGCUGUUCUCUUGAGAACACUACAGGGCUUAUUUCAUGUGAGAUAAUAGUUUUAUUAGUACAUAAGUGUUUUACAUCUACAGUUUAUAAAUACUAAUGGAUUUUGUGGGCAGGAGCAGCAUUUUUAUUGUCCUUCUAGCUUGAAUGUUCUUUUCUUUCCUUUAAGCAACAAGAUACACUGCUCAAAGACACUUAAAUCAAUAAAAUAAAUCAUAUUUUUAUAGAGUUCCCUCCCAUUUUUCAAACUGCUCUUUAAGCCACCCGCGAAUGUGUUUGGGUUGGAGUGUUUACUAAGUGUCGGGUUUCAAAAAAUGGA